GGCUCGUCAAACUAUGAGCUGCCACCGGCACAUUUCCUGUUGUUGACAGUCUAAGAGCACAGCAGAGGCUUUGCUGUGCUGCGUGUAGGGGCUCGCAUUUUAUCAGCUGGAGUGCACACAGACACACACUCAAAGAGCACCCUUUUACAGGAAGAGCCGCUAUCACUUCUCUGAUACACACACACAGAGGAAGCACUGACACUGAACCUCUCACCAUUGUUCCAUAAACAGGAGUCGCUCCACAGAUGGAUUGACUCCCUCUAUCAAGAGUUUGACUGAUGAAAAAAAAGUGGUCUUUUAUUUGUUGUGUUUGCACCUGAUCUAAGAGUCUAACCGGGAGUGUAAUGGUUUUGUUCUAUAUGGGAUCGGAUAAACACUCAUCCAGAGUCUUGCAGCCUGAGGACCCUGUUCGACAGGACAUGCAGUUCUACUAUGUGGGUGACCAUACGUGGGCCACCAUGCUGGGGCAGAGCUUGAGGCUGCAGCCAGUUCCAAUCCAAAGUCUCUCUGAGCUGGAGAGAGCACGUCUGCAGGAGGUGGCCCUUUACCACUUGGAAAAAAGAGACCUGGAUUUUAAGAUCAGCAUCCCAAGAGAGAUUCGCAAGAGGAGAAAAUCACUACGGAGAAAGUUUGACUCCUUUUCAAAAGAAAAGAAAGAACGAGAGUCUGCACCCAAGGCGUUUGGUAUCCCUCUCACCCAAGUAAUCGCAAAUGACCGGGCUCACAAGCAACGGCAGGAUGCGUUGAAAGAGAGUCGUCGGGACUGUCUGGACCUUGAGGCCAGUGUACUACGCUUCCGUGCUGAAAAAUGGCAGCACAAUGGAAACCGGCAGCUGUGCAAUACGGUCUUAACACCUGGGGCUGCCUCCUCACUGGCAGUGGAGGGCCACAACAAAUCUCUAUCAUCAGCGUUCAUGGACAACACCUCACGGAUACACAGACGGGGAGGGUUAUCUGUAGACUCCAUCUCUGAUCUGGUUGAGAGUCAGUCCAGAUUACUAGAGGCUCUGCAGCUCUCUCACCCCAAUGAGCUGGAGUUGAAAAAGGCUUCAGCUGGUCUUACACAGGCCAAGCUGAGUCUCAACCCCAUCUAUACACAAGUCCCCAAAGUGGUGGAGCGCUGCUGUAACCACAUUCAGACUUACGGGUUACAAACUUUGGGAAUAUUCCGUGUAGGCAGCUCCAAAAAGAGAGUUCGUCAGCUUCGUGAGGACUUUGAUAGUGGGAUAGAUGUCGUGCUAGAUGAGGAACACAACGUUCAUGAUGUGGCUGCAUUACUGAAGGAGUUCCUGAGGGACAUGCCUGACCCCCUAUUGCCGCAAGAACUGUACCGUGCUUUCCUGCACGCUAACUCGUUGAGAGGGGCUGAUCAGUUGACGUACCUGCAGCAGUUGUUGUACUUGUUGCCGCCCUGUAAGUGUGAUACUCUACUGAGGCUCCUCACACUUCUACAUACAGUACAGGAAAACGCACAGAACUCUACUGGCCCCAACCAGGAGGAGAUCUCAGGUAAUAAGAUGACGGCAGCCAACCUGGCAGUGAUCUUCGGGCCCAACCUCCUACAGAAGGAGAGAGGAUCAGAGAGAGAGCUUAGUCCUCAAGCUCUGGGCAUAGAGGAUAGUACAGCUGUCAUCUCUGUCACUCUGCUGCUCAUCCAGAACCACAAACACCUCUUAACGGUGUCUGCUGAGCUCCAGCAGGAGGUGCUAAUGAGCCUCAUUCAAACAGACCCUGAUGUUAUUGACUAUCUGCUGCGCAGGAAAGUCAGUAGUAGUAGUCCGAUAAUGGAAACGGAGUCUGAUGGAAGGAGGGACACACAGGUGUCUCUGGACUCUGUGAGUCAGUCCAGUGAUGACUUUCUCUUCUCAGAGACAUCUGCAAAUGGAAGCUUGAGUAGUGAGGUUUUCCUCAAUGCUCUUCACCUUAACACCAACAGAAAACGCUCCCCUGAGGUUCCUGCCAAGUCCAUUGGCCAGAUAAGACAGUUUCAUUCCCACCACAACCUGCUAAGUCUUGCCCAGCCUUCCCUCAAUUCCCAGAGAGAUAACACUGAGCUCAAAGAGAGUAGACAUGGUGGUUCAAGACAGACCUGGUCAGAAGAGCGCCUUCAUUUCAGUAUGGGACAGCAGGAUAGUGGCUCUCAUCCGCAGAGCCCUAGAGAGAGAGGUAUCUGGGUCCGACAGAGCUCCAAUGCCUCAUCCACGACGUCAGAUGACAGCAAGCCAAGCAACUUCUGGGACUUUUUCACUGGCAAGAUAUCGGUGGUCAGAAGCCCCUCACUGCAAAACUUCUUCAACAACCAAUCACAGUGUGAGAAAAAAUAAGUGGAAUGGAAGAUGUAUUUAUUGUUUGAAGAAUAAGAUAUUUUUUAUAGCUUUUGAAAAUUUGGAGAACAUGCUCUGAACUAUGAAUCAUGUUAUCAUUUACCCACAAGGGGGUGAUGUUUACUGGUGUUCAGCUUCAAAAUGAUAUGUCUGAAUUCAAUGUUUCACAUGACAAACUUUUGGACCAAAUCCCUGAAUUUAUCUCCUUUACUGGCAGACUCACUCUGAGUUGGUUAGGUAAAAGUAUCAUCAAUCCAGUAUGGUUGAGGAUUUGCUCAGGAAUUCCUUACCUAAAGCAUUUCUUUUCCACCCACUGUCCAGGAUGCAAUCUGGAUGGAUCACUCUAAUCCAAAAUCAGUAAACCAAAAUCAAAUGUAAAGAAACUCAAGAACUUUCUUUCUUAGACUAUAUAGACUAUACUGAGUUUGAGCCAGUCUUGCUUUGUCUACAUCUUGAAGAAAAGAUUCAACACUUUGUGAAUCUCAUUUUAAAGUCAAUUAUUUUGGUUCUCAAAAGGCAAGGAAUAGCACAGACAUAUGGUAAACAAAAAAAAAAAAAGAGAGACUAGAUAAUAUUUUAACACAUCACUAUUACCUUGCCCGUCUAAAAAGCCCAAAUUGUUAAUAUUUCUAAAUAGGAACAGCAUAUUUGACUUUUGGUGUGCAAACUAAUAAACUGUCAAAACAGGCACCUA